AAAUGUGCUGGGUUGCUAAAGUGAAUUUGUUCCACUAAUUCUUUUAUGUACUUUCAUUCAAUAAGGUUAUAAUUAGCACCCCCUAAAAAAUCUUUAGGUGUUUGGUCCUAUUGAGUCACGAAAAAACCAGGAGCUUAAGCACCCCUUAAUUCAAAUGUCUAGUUGCGCCAAUUAUUAGCACCUAUUUUCACCUAUGCGCAACUCUGAAAACACGGCAUAACUCCGCUCAGAAUCUAAAAUUAAUUGUUUAAACAUCGUAGUGAAACCAUACAAUAUUUUGUAACACAAUUUUUCGUUUAUUUGACCGGCACACUGUAACUAUAGACAAUAUUAAUAAUACGCAUGGAUGAAAAAACUAAUGCAAAUGGUCCUCCAUGAUAUUUCCAGACGCAUAGUUUUUUCUCUCUCGACUACCUCGCCCACGGGUUUCUCUCUCUAAGCGCUGUCCAUUAGUUAAUAGGUCUAUGGAACUACUACUAUUGCCCGUCUAUUAUACCAACGCUACCGAUAUAACGCUUCUCGUUUGGGCAUCCAAAUGACAAGGGUCCGCCGCUUCGUACCCAAAGUUCUUCCACUCUACCAUCUAGUCACUGCCGUAAAUUCCCCCACUCGCUACACACAACCGGUGGUCAAGAUUGGACGAAUUUUGGUCGGCGGUCGACAGUCGCCACCCAGAAGCGUUCUAUCCAUAGAUGAAGAAGUAGCGACGACGCAAAAACGACAUAUAAAAAUAUCAACGACCGUCGUUCAGUCAUCGGUGGUUGAUCAAUACAUUGAGUACUUACAGAACGACUCAAGUACUAUUCGGUUCUAGUUUACUGUAACAUAAGUCCGGUGCUCCGAUUUUUGGUCUGUGAAACGUUUAUCACUGACGAACGCGGUCAGCGCCAAACAAUAGGGCAGAGUCUCGAUACCCGCUAUUCCACCGAUCGUCUUGAACAACGAUCAUUGUUACCGUUGCGCACUUGCGUGACCCGUCUGAUUGGGCAUUUGAAGAUCAAAAUCCGGUACGAUGACGACCAACGAUCUGAAACCACAAUGUGACCCCGACGACGAAAUCGUCGUCCCUGCCUACUCGUCCACCAACUCUGCUGAUACUGUAACCACCAGCUCCGCGAAUACCGCCACUACCACAAUCCUGGACUUGCCAACCGAAUUGAUUGAGUAUAUUUGCUGCUAUGACUCGUUGAAAUUGAUUGACGUCUUUAACCUUGCUGUUUCACAUUCCAAACUCAAAAACUCCUUGUUCCACGAACGAAACUCUUGCCUUUGGAAAUCCAAAUUCAUACAAAAAUACGGUUUGUUGGACGACGAGGAAUAUAGAGUUGUUAUCGACGAACAAAACACUUGGAAAGACGAGAUCAUGUUGCGUAUGUGUUUGGAUAAAGCUGUACCUGCUGAAAUUAUACAAAUGCCAUGCAAAUACAUGAAGUUUAAAAAUAUACCAUAUCAUUCAUAUCCGUUAAGUCAAUAUUUGCAUUCAAAAAAUGAAGGCCAUAGAUAUUAUAUUCUAUCAGCGACUGCAGCUUAUUAUAAUCAACUACAGAGUAACAAAUGCAGUAAUGAAAAUUAUGAUCUAUUGUACAUGGCACAUCAAUUUCUUAUUUAUUCGUGCCAAGUGUAUUUUGGUUACAAGAUACGUAAUUUCUUAAGUUUACCACCGGCAGAACAAAUUGUUGAAAGAGGAUUUUACUUACUUGAACGUUGUUGGUGUCCUACAGUUGACAUAACAUAUCGCGAUAUAAACAAAAGUUUAAAUAAUAUAGCUAUUGAUGUGUGUAAUCGCAUUUGUUCAGCAAACCCAGUCCAUCCUCUGUUUGCAAAUGAAAAUUGUUUGCAACAAGUGGUUGAACGAGGAAAAUUCAAUCUUGAUCAUGAUUUAUUUGAUGAAACCAGCACAAUGUUUAUACUUGAAAACAUAAGUAAAAUCAUAUUUUCAGAAGAUCAACUGGUUUGUCAUUGUAACAAUGACUUAAAUUGCUUUUUUUUGCAGAAGGUUAUUGAACGGAGAAAAGGUUCUGCAUUUUUGCUGUGUGUAAUAUUUGAAUCGGUUGCUCGACGAUUAGGAGUAAAAGUUAUAAUAACACCAACUGCUUACAUUUUUGUAGACAGUUUUGUAUCCUGGUCAUCUUCAUGGCCGGGAAACAAAUGUAAGAACCCUACAUGCUACGUGAUAGAUAUUGCUGGUUUUGGUGUCUUGGAGAAGGUUAGUUCAGUCUCAGGGGAAUUGCAAGAACAGUAUAUUAGAAAUUCUAUACUUGACUUGUUUUGGUCAUUUAGUCAAAACGUGAAAUUUAUCUCUGCGACAAAUAAAUAUGUGUGGGAUUUCCAAACAUUCUUAAAACCAGAUGAUUCUGAUCUAGAGUCUAGUUGUAGAACAUUUUUUGAGUUUUAUGACUAUUGUGGAUGUCCCUUACUCAGAAAUCCGACUAAUCCCUAUGCUCCAAACCAUGAAGAUGAGGAGAACAAUAUUAACGAAUAUGAGAAUGGCAUAUUUCCCUUAGAACCAAGAAGACGUGGUAAGAGUACUGAUCCUAAAUUUUCGAUUGGGAUGAUAAUUGAAGUUCUUAGCACUAAAUCAAACAACGUCAUUAGUCAUGGUAUUAUUGUGGGCUGGGAAAGAUUGGCAGAAAACAACUCAUCUCCAACAACAGUAUAUCAUGCACUCGCCAAACCUUGGAAGGGUAGUUAUUUUGAAAGCCCUGAAAUCAUUAUAUUGCGGGAAAACAGAAAUGAAAAAUUGCAGCGACAACUCAAACCAGACGAUUUUAGGUUCAUGAACAUUGGCAAGUUCUUCACACACUACAGUCAUGAGAUGUGCGCUUUUGUGCCAAUUAAGAGUUUGGCACAACUUUACCCCGAUGAUCUAUCUUGCACUUCUGUUUAAUAAUAUAAUAAAUAUGUAAUACAUAAUAAUAUAUAAUUUUAUGUAAAUGAUUGUAUGUUUUUUUAAUAAUUUCUGGUAUACGAACUUAUGUGUUUCUGAACUAGGUACGUUCUCAAUUAGUUGGGAUAAUUGAGGUUCUACUAAUUGUAGAGUGCAAACACAUCAUUAUUAUGUGAAUGAUUUACAUUAUAAUUUAGUAGUUCUUAAGUGAUUUAAUUUUGGCUAUUACAACCAACAAUUUGUAGAUAUUACCUAACCUUUUAUUUAUUUAGUAUAAUAUCCUAG